AUGAGCAUCACGCGCUCGUUGUCAGGGAGCGUGCUUUGUGCAGGACGCGUGCUGCAGCCGCACACCCAAGCCACCACAAUGCACGAAACCACAUUUUUAUCCCCGCAAUGAAUCCUUACAAUGAAACCAGAGCCGAGAAAAGCGCCGAACGCGACCUGUUUGCUUUUGGCACCUACAAACUUCUCGCCUUCGCCAUCGGAACCAUUGGAGUGUUUGGCUUCUGCAACAACGUUCUGGUCAUUCUACUUUACUGCAAAUUCAAGAGACUUCGGACGCCGACCAAUUUGUUACUUGUCAACAUAAGUUUGAGUGAUUUGCUGGUUUCCGUCGUCGGAAUAAACUUUACAUUUGUUUCGUGCGUCAAAGGCGGCUGGAUUUGGAGCCAGGCAACAUGCGUGUGGGACGGCUUCAGUAACAGUUUGUUCGGCAUUGUAUCAAUCAUGACGCUGGCGGCGCUGGCUUAUGAGCGAUACAUCCGUGUGGUCCAUGCCCAGGUGGUAGACUUUCCCUGGGCAUGGCGCUCUAUUGCCCACAUCUGGCUUUACUCCCUGGCUUGGACUGGGGCUCCUCUCCUGGGCUGGAACCGCUACACACUGGAGAUCCACCAGCUGGGAUGUUCCUUGGACUGGGCAUCGAAGGACCCAAAUGAUGCUUCAUUCAUACUUCUCUUCCUCCUGGCUUGUUUCUUCGUACCUGUUGGCAUCAUGAUCUACUGCUACGGAAACAUCCUCUAUACAGUAAAAAUGCUGCGCACCAUCCAGGAUCUUCAGACUGUUCAAAUCAUCAAGAUCCUGAGAUAUGAGAAGAAGGUCGCCGCAAUGUUUCUCCUCAUGAUCUCCUGUUUCCUGGUGUGCUGGACUCCCUACGCUGUUGUGUCUAUGAUGGUGGCUUUUGGCAGAAAGAGCAUGGUCUCGCCCACUGUGGCCAUCAUCCCCUCCUUCUUUGCCAAGUCCAGCACAGCCUACAACCCCCUCAUCUAUGUAUUCAUGAGCAUAAAGUUCCGACGCUGUUUGCUGCAGCUGCUGUGCUCAAGGUUGUCUUGGCUGCAGCACAGCUUCAAAGAGCGCCCCUUGGCUCCGGUCGAGCGCCCUAUUAAGCCCAUUGUUGUUUCAAGCUCAUGCGGCAGCAGAAAGAGACCCAAAAAGAGGGUGACCUUCAGCUCCUCCUCCAUCGUCUUCAUCAUUACCAGUGAUGAUUUCCACCGCUUCGACGUGACGUCCCCUGCAGAGUCCUCUGUGAAUGUCAUUCAAGUGAGGCCGCUGUAAUCCCCCAAGACUCGACUUCUCAUCCUGUGCGGAAAUAUGCCUUACGACCUGGCAUAUAUGAAACUAAAUCAACAUCUUCACUUGGGCUUUUUCAGAAAUCUUCAUCCUGUGCAAGUUCAUCAUAUCCCCAUAACACUUUAGACACAUGGCAGGAUUUAAAAAUAAAGGUAUAACAUUUUUACUCUCCUAACCUGUGAUAAUAUAUAACGUAUGUGCUGUAAAGCAUCCAUCUUUUUUCUUGCCAUUUAGUGUGAAGUGUAGGUCUUUGUCAAGCAGCAAUUGAGUUAAACUAUGGUUUAGCAAUUGGAUAUAAAAUCAGCCUUUGCUUUCAGUCAUAUAUGCCAGCACAACACUAAUAAACUGUGUACAUUGUUUCAAUAAAGAGAUACUAUUUUUGAUGACCUGACUCCCAUGCUUUUAGUAUUUUCAUUUGAAAUCUCUCCAGUGUGAAUAAGGCCAACACUGUUGAAAGUGGCAGAAUUAUACAGUAUGUAUGAGGGGGACUGUGUACAUUAUACAAGAUGAGAGAAGACUUGCACCUCAAGGUGUCGUCAGACAUUCCUUUCAUAACUUUCUGUGCUGAAUGCUGAAUGACAUACCAGGUUGAUGAAUUGAAUUCUGAGGCUCUUUGAAAGCCUCUUGUGGGCAUAAGAGUUGUUUUUGUGUGUCAGAAAACAAUGCUGUAUAGAAACUAUUUGUAUGUAUAGAAACUAUUUUUUUUUCACCUUCAACCGAAUCACCUUGAAGUACACUGUAUAACUGUUACCUCAGCAGACUACGGUCAAUGAACGUUUUUCCACAUGCUUUUAUAUACAUACAGUAUGUCAUCAACCAGGACAUCUACAAAGAGGUGUUCUGCCAUUUGCUUCAUUCAAUGUGUGAGAAGAAGAGAGAGUUGCGGCAGCUUGACCAUGGCAAUGUGCCUGCUCACACUGCUCUGAGUAUUCUGACUGAGAAGAACAUCGAACAACCUCUCUCUUCACCCAAACUGGCUCCAUAUGAUUUUUUUCCCCUCGUUCCGAGCUCCGAAAGGUCAUCAAGGGGACCUUGAAUUUGAAGAUGUGGACGACAUCACCAUGACAACAGAGCUGCGGAUGAAUCCUUCCAAGUCAAGGCAGAGAGUGUUUGUUUGAGUGCACCUUCUGAGCUAAAAUUUUUGAUAUAUAUA